AUGCCCCUGCUGAAAGCCACCGAAGCCUGCCAAAGUCUCGGCGAGAGUCUGUGGGCAGAUCAGUCUGGAUCCCUGACCAAUCAACCUGACUUGGAGUAUCUCGUCUUCCAGCAAAAAUUCAGUCGCAGGCAGCAGUAUUGGAUUGCUCCUAACCACGGUGUGCCGUCUACUAUCGAUGCAACUGGCAAGAUCAGGCAUUCCUCCCCAAGCAAGCACCUACCAGUGCUCUGCACACAAAGUGCACCCUACUCUACUGCCGAUACUCAAGACACAAACUCGACAUGGCAAGUCACUAUCCAGUCAAACAAUGAGCACAUCACUGGAUUUCGAGAUCGGCUCAGCUUCCGCUUUCUUGGAAUCCGAUAUGCUCAACCGGCAAAAAGAUGGACCUAUUCGCAAGUGCAUGAAGGAGCAGGUAACAAAGCGUCGGCUCUAGACUACGGCUCGUCGUGCGCUCAAGGUUCAAGUGGCUCGGAAGACUGCUUCUUUCUCAACGUCUGGACACCGUAUCUACCGAAUCCCGAAUCAAGUCGGAAACACUUGAAGCCAGUGAUGUUUUGGAUCCACGGUGGCGCUUUCACCAGCGGGAUGGGCAGCGAUCCCACAUUCGAUGGAGGUAACUUAGCCUCAAGAGGCGAUGUAGUGGUCGUCACCAUCAAUUAUCGUUUGGGAACACUGGGUUUCCUGGCUCUCGAGGACGGGGAGACAAAUGGAAACUACGGGCUGGCAGACCAAAUCUCUGCCCUGGAAUGGGUUCGCCGAAACAUUCAGGACUUUGGAGGAGACCCUGAUCGCAUUACUAUCUUUGGGCAAUCAGCCGGUGCUGGAUCCGUGCGAGCUCUACUUGCGUCUCCUAAGUCUCGAGGGGAAUUUGCUGGUGCAAUAAUGGAAAGCAACCUAGGAGGCCUUGCCUAUGGAACGACGUACUCAAAGUACUACAGUAUCUCGCAAGAAGUGGAAGUGGUAGGCAAUGCAAUUGUGGAGGAGGCAAAUUGCACAAAUGCUAGCUCACAAAUCGAGUGUCUCCGCUCUCUUCCUGCGAUGACUAUCACUGGCCUUAGCGACACGGCACGCUAUCUCGUGGUGGACGGAGAGUAUCUUCAGACCUCCGAGUUGGAUUUGAUUAGCCCGGCAUCUACCGCCCAUGUCCCUUUAAUGAUUGGUACCAUGCGGGAUGAUGGAGCGGCCAUUAUUGGAUAUCCUUCAGAGGGUGAAACUAUUCAGACAUUCAUGAACGAGUCCGGCCUUCCAGCAUCGAUAGCCCCGAGCCAACUAUUCCCAGAACCUUCAGGAGCCAACCACACACUCGACAUCUUCAAUACAACGGCCCGAGUCGCUACCGAUGGCAUGUUCCGCUGCAUUGACCAGGCAACCGCAUACGCCGGGAUCAACAACCGGAUUUUCCCAGACAUAUUCUUCUACGAGUUCAACCGCUCGUACCAAUUGGUGAACUGGUCGCCGAAUCCUCCGCUCUGCAACGCACCCAUAACGCCCGACUUUCCGAACGGUGAUCCGAGCCUGGAGUACUUCAAAUGCCAUUCCGGUGAACUGUACUAUGUCUUCGGCAAUAUCAUCCGUCAGGGCCUUCCGUUCCGAGAUGAGUUUGACCUGCCAUUUGAGCAGUAUGUGCUCGAUUCCUGGGCCAGCUUCGCUCGGACGGCCAACCCAACACCAAACUUGGAAUAUUUGAAGGCGAGGAAUUAUAUCAAUACAACUCGACAGGUUGAGUUGAUGGGGCCAUGGACACCCUUUAAAUGUGGUGACUAUCGGCUUCAACGAUUGCAGUGGCCUUCGGCGAUGGUUGACCUGGAUGAGGUGGAGCAGUGUCGUGCUCUGGACUUGCCGCUUAGCUACUAUGAUUUCUAG